ACCGAUCGGCGUUCUGUGACGUUGAGGUUACCGAAAUGUCAUCGGGUUACGUAUUUUUUAAAGUGGUUAGUUCAAAUAUAAAUAAAUUACUUUUCAUUGUUCCUUCGCGAUGCGGCCAUCAUAUGAGAGGUCUACCGCCGGGCGUAGCUAAAUCUCUCAAGCAGAAACUAGAGGAAAGCCGAGUAAAAGACGAAAGUAUACACUUCCGCGUCGAUAUAGGCUUGCCGCCUCCCCGCGUUUCGUUGAAGGCGGGUUUGCAGCUUUUAAGGUCGCGGAAACACGAUCCGGAUCUGGCCAGGCAAUCUCGCGAACUUAAAUUGAUCGUCGACCUCGAAGAAGUAAAUCGGGAAUGGUUGAAAACGGGCGGACCGAAACAAAUCAAGGAAAUAGCGGACCAUUUCGGUGUUUUCCAAGAUCUGUUUGGGGACGCGUAUUUUUAUCCCAGAGUACCGUUGAAUGUGUCCUACUGUAAGGGCGACGAACGCGUUCCCGUUUACUACGGGAAUUGCUUGAAGCCCAUCGACGCUGCUGAAAAGCCGAAAGUUAGCUUUGAAUCUGGCGACGCCGAUUUGUGGACGUUAAUUUUAACCAAUCCGGAUGGGCAUUUUACCGACAACAAUAAGGAGUACAUUCACUGGUUUAUCGGGAAUAUCCCUGGUAAUAAUAUAGAAAAAGGCAAGACAGUGGUAGAUUACAUUCAACCUUUUCCGCCCAAGGGCACGGGCUACCACAGGCACAUCUUUGUGCUUUACAAACAGAAUAGAAAGUUGGAUUUUUCGCCGUUUCAAAGGCAAGGCAAAUGUCUGACACUGGCGGAAAGGACUUUUUCUACCUACGACUUUUACCGCAACCUGCAGGACGACCUGACGCCUGCCGCUUUGGCAUUUUUUCAAGCGGACUGGUGCCCCUCGCUCAAAGAAUUUUUUAACAAUGUUUUGGACAUGAAGGAACCGAUCUAUGAGUAUGAUUUUCCACCUCCCUACAUCAGGAAACAAGAAUGGUUCCCGCUGAGGCAACCGUUCAACUUAUACAUGGACAAGUACAGGGACCCAAAGCAGAUCAACAAAGAAUUUUUAGUGAGGAAACUGGAAAAGGUCCACCCUUUCAAGAAAACGCCGCCACCUUUACCCUAUCCCAACGCUCAGUAUUUCGAGGGUUACAUCCCCAGUUGGCUGAAAUUAGAAAUUAAAAAGUCGCGUCUCAAGUGGGGCAGAAUAAAUGACAUUGAAUAAACUUGUAUUAGGCAAAUAAAUCUUCUGU